CCCAGUCUGGGGAUGGCUCCUGUCUAUGUCUUCUGUCUCACACAUUCGAGAUGGCUUUUCUGUGCCGCAGGUCCAUGAAUCUGAAGGCUGUGACCUUUCUGCUGCUGGGCACGAGCUUCUUGGCACUGCGCCUGUUGCUCCUCCAACAAUUUCAGUCCCAGCCCGAGGAGGAGGAAGAUUCCACUGAUGUCCCCACUGCUGCCGCAGAGCUCUCGGCUCUGACGCCCGAAAGCCCGUGCGUGGCCAACGCCUCGGCGAACAGCGUGGCCGGCUUCGAGCAGCUGCCGGCGAGGAUCCAGGACUUCCUGCGGUACCGGCACUGCCGGCAGUUCCCGCUGCUCUGGGACGCGCCGUCCAAGUGCGCAGGCCGCCACGCUGUCUUCCUGCUCCUGGCCGUGAAGUCGGCGCCCGCGAACUACGAGCGCCGCGAGCUCAUCCGGCGCACGUGGGGCCAGGAGCGCAGCGACCGCGGGCGGCCGGUGCGCCGCCUCUUCCUGCUGGGCACCCCGGACCCCCAGGAGGCUGCGGGCGCGCCGCAGCUGGCAGAGCUGGUGGGCCUGGAGGCGCGCGAGCACGGCGACGUGCUGCAGUGGGCCUUCACCGACACCUUCCUCAACCUCACGCUCAAGCACCUGCACCUGCUCGAGUGGCUGGCGGUGCGCUGCCCGCGUGCGCGCUUCCUGCUCAGCUGCGACGACGACGUCUUCGUGCACACCGCCAACGUGCUCCGCUUCCUGGAGGCGCAGUCGCCCGACCGCCAUCUCUUCACCGGGCAGCUCAUGCGCGGCUCCGUGCCUGUCCGUGAGAGCUGGAACAAGUACUUUGUGCCCCCGCAGCUCUUCCCCGGGGAGGUCUACCCGGCGUACUGCAGCGGCGGUGGCUUCCUCCUGUCCAGCCACACGGCCCAGGCCCUGCGCGUGGCUGCGCGCCACACACCUCUGUUCCCCAUCGACGACGCCUACCUGGGCAUGUGCCUGCAGCAGGUCCACCUGGAGCCCAGCGGCCAUGAGGGCAUCCGGCCCUACGGCGUGCGGCUCCCCGGAGUGCAGCAUUCCGCCUUCGACCCCUGCAUGUACCGGGAGCUACUGCUCGUGCACCGCUUUGCACCUUACCAGAUGCUGCUCAUGUGGAAGGCGCUGCACAGCCCCACGCUGAGCUGUGACCGAGGACACAGGAGCUCCUGAGGCCGGGCGGGCUGGGUGGAGGAGGGCUUC